UGUCUUUGACUGGUUGUUUUCUUCUCCGUUUAGGAAAACCACUCUUCUGAUUGGCUAAACCAGGUAUCCAUCAACCAUGACGGGCAUUGGUGUACAUAAUGUGUUUCAGAAAUUAAACCAAAUUUCGCCUCUGACUCAAAAAUAAACAGGAAAACAAAGCCUAGACGUCCUCUAUAAACAAGGGCUCGGCUAUUCUCAUUGACGAUCAGUCCACCUGCGUCAAAGGGUGAAAUGUAAACGGUAAUCCCCUGACGUGUAAUGAUCCUGGAAUGGAGCUAAUCUAUCCUUGGUCAACAGAGGUGGGCUAUUUUCUUGUGUGUAGGCCUAAAUACGUGUAGCCGAAUCAUUUUCCAGUCCACUGGUCCAAUCAGUAGCUAGGGGCUUGAUUGCUGGGGGUAACUGAAGCUGUGGUUACCAUGGCGGCACACUUUGACACAGAGUACCAGCGCCUAGAGGCUUCAUACAGCGACUCUCCACCAGGAGAGGAGAACCUACUGGUGCACGUACCUGACGGAAACAAGUCCCCGUGGCACCACAUAGAGAACCUGGACCUGUUCUUCCAGAGGGUCUAUAACCUGCACCAGAAGAAUGGCUUCACUUGUAUGCUGCUGGGAGAGGUCUUUGAGCUGGUCCAGUUGCUGUUUGUGGUCGGAUUCACAGUCUUCUUGGCUAACUGUGUGGACUAUGACAUUCUGUUCGCAAACAAGUUUGUCAACCACACCGACUCCUCCAAAGUCACUCUGCCUGACGCCUUCCUGCCUGUGGAUGUCUGCAGCGCAAGUAUCCGUGACAACGUGACAGUGAUGUUUGUAUUGAUGAUAUCUGGAGUGUUCUGGCUGCAUCGCCUCAUCAAGUUCAUCUACAACGUCUGCUGCUACUGGGAGAUACGCUCCUUCUACACCAACGCACUCAAGAUGAGCAUGGCAGAGCUGCCAUACUUCACAUGGCAGGAGGUUCAGGCCCGGAUCGUUGAGAUCCAGAAGGAACAUCAGAUCUGUAUCCACAAGAAAGAGCUCACAGAACUGGACAUAUACCACCGUAUCCUGCGCUUCAAAAACUACAUGGUUGCCAUGGUAAAUAAGUCCCUCCUUCCUGUGCGUUUCCGCCUGCCACUACUUGGGGAGUGUGUGUUUUACACCCGCGGCCUCAAGUACAAUUUUGAACUCAUCCUCUUCUGGGGGCCAGGCUCUCUGUUUGAGAGUGAGUGGAGUUUGAAGCCGCAGUAUAAGAGAGGUGGUAACAGGUUGGAGCUGGCAGACAAACUGGCAUCACGUAUACUGUGGAUCGGCAUCGCCAACCUCUUACUCUGUCCUGUCGUACUGGUCUGGCAAAUACUGUAUGCCUUCUUCAGCUAUACAGAGGUGAUAAAGCGUGAGCCAGGUAGUUUGGGAGCGAGGUGUUGGUCUCUGUACGGUCGAUGUUACCUUCGCCACUUCAAUGAGCUGGACCACGAACUGAUGUCACGGCUCAGCAAGGGCUACAAAGCAUCCUCUAGGUAUAUGAACUGCUUCCUGUCCUCGUUGCUGACGGUGGUGGCUAAGAACGUGGCGUUUUUUGCUGGCUCCCUAUUGGCUGUCCUCAUUGCGCUGACCAUCUACGACGAAGACGUCCUCGCCGUGGAACAUGUCCUGUCGUCCAUCACCCUGCUGGGAGUGUGUAUCACUGUCUGCAGGUCUUUUAUACCUGACAAACACCUGGUCUACUGUCCAGAGCAGCUGCUCAGGUUGAUCCUGGCUCACAUCCACUACAUGCCAGACCACUGGCAGGGCAACGCCCAUCGCUACGAGACACGAGAUCAGUUCUCACAGCUCUUCCAGUACAAGGCUGUGUUUAUCCUAGAGGAGCUGACCAGCCCCCUGGUGACUCCCUUCAUCCUGAUCUUCAGUCUGAGGAGGAAGUCUCUGGAAAUCAUUGACUUUUUCAGGAACUUCACCGUGGAGGUGGUAGGGGUGGGAGACACCUGCUCCUUCGCUCAGAUGGACAUCAGACAGCACGGACACCCCGCGUGGAUGUCUGAGGGGAAGACAGAGGCAUCUAUUUACCAACAGGCAGAGGAUGGGAAGACUGAGCUGUCCCUGAUGCAUUUUGCCAUCACCAACCCCCAGUGGCAGCCCCCCACUGAGACCACUCACUUCAUCAGCCAGCUGAAGGAGAGAGUACAGAGAGAGACUACAGGAGACAGACACACUCUCACCUCACUGUCAGAGCCAAGGAGUCUGAUAGCUAACUUCCUGGCAGGUCCCCCCUCAUUGGCCUCUCUUCAUCUGGGGCGGGACGGCUCCUUGACCAAUCACGGGCCGGUGGGUGUUAGCGACGGGGCGUCAGCCUUGCGCUCCCUCUCAGUCAGCAGCAUGAGGGGCAGCUGUAGCUCCACCCAUAGGUCAGCCGGACACGCCUCUUCUGCAAGCAGAGCCAUGGCAGGAUCAAGUACUGAUGCUCGAACUGCUAGUUCAGGCAGUAGUGUGUGGGAAGGUCAACUGACAAGUCUCGUCCUAUCAGAAUACGCCUCCACGGAGAUGAGCAUCCACGCACUCUAUAUACAUGAGCUCCAUAAGCAGCAGUCUGGAGGGGAGUUGUCCCGGCACACCUGGCACAGGCAGGACAGUGACGACAGUAGUGAGGGGGGUUCAGGGGGAGGAAACCCUAACCCCCGAAACCUCAUCCCCCGCUCACACACCUUCCCUAUCUCCACCCCCGGCCCUAUCCCCAGCUCUAACUCGGGCCCUAACCCUGACCGAGGUACCACCCCGGGACAGGAAGUGAGACCACUCCAGAGCAACAGCCAGCGUCGCUACGGGGGGAACACGGACUCUGUCGGCCCGGGGGGCAGAGUGGUGAGGUCGGAGCGUGUGCCCAUGGGGGGUUGGGCAGAGGAGGGACAUGGAGGCCGACACCCCGACACUGUACCUGAGGAGCGCUCAGAGGACGACAUGCCUCCCAACAUACACAAGGUGACGUAACUGACCAGAGAGAGCCCCCCCUUCACAAACACAUCACACAUCCUCAUCCUACCAGAGAAGAACUUCCUGCUCAUCUGUGAACUUUCGACCAUGGCUUCACCUUUGACCUCAGAUAGACAGACCUGUGGGAUAGCAGCAUGCCAUGUUAUUCACUCUGGGCUAGAGAAAAACAAUCGAGUAACAGUGUGAAGAUGACCAGGACUUUUUCUUGACACCCUCUGUGGAUGACACUUCAGCCAAUCAAGUGGCGGUGGUUGAUGACGGUGGCGGUGGUUGCAGCAUGGAAACCGUAGCAUAUUUAUCGGCUUUUAUAGUUGCCUCCUAGACACUAAUCUAAGGUCAGCUUUAUGGUUUGUUGCCGUAAUGGUUACAGUUAGGAUGUGUGGAUCAGAGAUCUGUGCCUAAGGGCAACUUCUAUCCAGAGAUGACUUGUUCUUCUUGGGUGUAAACUGCCAUUAAUGUACCUUUUUAAAGAUAACAUUUAGUAAUGACAAGUUUCUUUUUUUUAAUUCUUAGUUUUUUCUCUUUGUGUUGCUUAUAUUUAUUGUACUUACAGAGAAAAAGUGUGUGUGUGUGUGUGUGUGUGUGUGACAUGACAGGAGAGCGGACUUCCAACAAAGUAUGACUGCACUGGCACAAUGAAUCCUUUUGGGUUUGGGUGGUAGAUUUGGUGAUGGUGUUGUACAAAGACCUCCUAGACAUGAAGCAGGCACUAAACCGAUAUACACCGCGUGCAUAGACAUACUGGUAUGAUUCAAAUCAGGACGCUGGACUGUUCUAAGUAAAUCAUCGAGGUGUAGAUGGUUAAUAAAUAGGGAUAUACAAGAAACGCAUCAUAGUUAUUGAUUUUGUGCCAAAGCAAACUUACCAGGCUGGUUGGAACAUGUAACUUCAGCCUCUUCAGUGCCAUAUUUAUGCUCUUAAAGCGGCAAUCCAAUAGUUGAAAUGAUUACAAAGCACCAUCACUGUUUCAGUAAAAGGUUGAAGGAUGGGGCUGGAGAAAUGGACCCACACUCAAAUUCAUAGAUGGAGCUGUGGAUGCAAGGACUUACCAUCCAUUUGGUUUUAACCCUGUUUUGAAGCUACAGUGUUUGUUUACAUUUACAAAUGUGUAUUUUGGCUUCUGAUGAGGUAUGACAGUGGAACUAAGCUCAUUGGGCAUUUAUACGUUUUUCUCUCCAAGAAUCAAUGGGUUUAUAUCCUAAAUGGAUGUAAGUCCAAAAAUGGAAGUAGUAACUGCAGAUUGCCCCUUUAAGCACAACCGUCUCAUAACUAUACAGCAAUGAAUCUGCAAUCAACACUAACAACUGGACAGAUUAGUCAGCAUCAGGCCAACUGCAUGUUUAUUUCUGCCCAACUGUCUGGGGGAAAAAGAGAAUGCACUUUAAUGACUUUUGUUGAAUCCAAAGCAUGUCAUUUAUCAGUAUAUUGGUUUUGAUCAUUUCAUAUUUGUAUGACUUUAUUUUAACCAGGGCUUGUGCCACCGUCAGAGAGUUGAGGUUGAGAUGCAUGGUGAUUUACAGCUGUUUGUUUUUGCUGUUCACACCGACUCUGGACUCACAAGUAGACUAGCCUGGUCCCAGAUCUGUUUAAGUGCUGUAUAACCAGCCCCCAUAUGGUCGACCAUGCAGCACUAACAGAUCUGGGACCAGGCUAAAGAUGACAGAUGCUCCCAAUAGAUACAGUCAGAGACUCUACAGCUGGGUAUUAAUUUCUAGAUGGCAAAGGUCAUCAGCGCUGCUCGCUUCAUUGAUUGAUAUAUUCAUGUAAUUGAGUGGCCAGCCAGAGAGUCCAAUCUGAAUCAGAACCUGGAUGAAAAUAGAAGGCAGACGUGGAGGAAUGGAUCUGAAUAAUGUAAAGGGUCUCCUGGGACACAGUGGAACAAGUUUAACAAUGAGGUAGUAGAAUGCCUUAGCUGACACAUAUAGACUAUCAGUUUUUGGUUUUAUAGAUUUUGCUGUAAAUUGCCAUUUUGUACAGUUGGAAAUCAUCAAUAAAAAUGUAUUUAUUUA